GCCUAUUUUUAGAGCGGUUGCCCGAAACGGCACCGUGUCCCAACACUAGCAACAUCCCAUAGCGAAUCCGUGUGAGGGAGCCCAUUCAUUUGACCCUACUUAGUGUGCUCCUGGCCGAAGAAAAUCUGCUUUUGUAUUCUAUGGCUGCCGUUAUUUGAGGCCGAAGAUACUUGAAAGAACCCGCGGGAGAAGGCUCCAACUUCCAACUACCAAACACUCUCUGCUCAGAAAAAGAUAAAACUACCACUCGCUCUCUCUCUCUCUCUCUCUGUGGAAACAUGGCAACUAUUCUCUCCUUUGCUUCCAUCACUCCCCACCUCAAUUGCCACCACCACACGCUGAUUUUCAAACCAAAUUACUGCCCCAAAAAGUACAGAUUGCGAUGCAAUGGAGAGAACCAAGCAAACAAUUCUUCGAGUAGUCGAGAAUCCGAGCCUGAGAAUGCGCUGCUCAAGAUAGCUUGGUAUGGCUCUGAGCUCCUGGGGAUUGCUGCUUCGUUCUUCCGUUCCCCGCCAAAUGUUGAAGCUCCUGAAAGAGUUCUUGAGCUUGCUGGAGAUGGGUCAGCAAUGGUUGAGCGUGCCAUAGUUGUGGACACCAUCAAAGAUGACUUUGAAAGAUCAUAUUUCGUCACAGGGAGCCUUACACUCGAUGCUUAUGAAGAGGAUUGUGAAUUUGCGGAUCCAGCUGGUUCCUUUAAAGGGCUCCGCCGUUUCAAAAGGAAUUGUACAAAUUUUGGAUCCCUUAUAGAAAAGUCAAAUAUGCAGCUUAUGAAGUGGGAAGACUUUGAGGAUAAGGGAGUUGGGCAUUGGCGAUUUAGUUGUAUCAUGUCAUUUCCUUGGAAGCCCAUUCUUUCUGCAACUGGAUAUACAGAGUACUACUUUGACACACAAUCUGGAAAAGUAUGCAGGCAUGUGGAGCACUGGAAUGUUCCCAAAAUGGCUUUACUGAAGCAAAUUCUGAGGCCUAGCAGGGGUUUAUGGCGCAAGAGAAUAGGUGCUUAAGGUAUACAUUGAUGAAGCUUGUAGCUGACUAGGUUUCGAUAAGAUAUACACUCCCAAAUUAUACUCAAAUAAUUAUAUGUUGAUAGAUAAAGAUCAUCUGUUGUGAUGAAGUAUCCUUGCAUUAACUUAUAGCCUUAGUGAACCAGCCAUGCUCUUUCAAGCGUGAUGAUUCAGUUGCUGUCAGCUUUUUCCUAGAAAAGAUGAUCAGCAUUAGAUUUUGUCUUGGAAGCAUUAGUUCAACUAGAGUUUAUAGGAAAGACAUUACUUAUUUGUGAAUUAAUAUCAUGUUAGUCAGAAAUUUCUGCUUUUGGCAUUUUUUUCUAAGUUUAA